GGAGCAGCAAAUGAGAGGCGAGGAAGUGCAGAGAGCAACUGUGGAAAGGAAGAUGUGGCAAAACAGAGGCAAAGGUUUCUGAGACAGAGUGAGAAGGACUAAGUUCAGGCUGAAGGGGAAUUGUGGCGACAGAAGGCAGAUCCUCCAGGGGGAGAGGACACCGCGGGUCCCCCAGGCAGGGCAGAGGCUCACAAGAAACAGAAGUACCCGUUUUCUUGCUGACCCUGAGAGGAAGGAAGGAAGGAAGGAAGUGUGAGUUCAGACAAGUCCAUCAGCAGGGUCUGGAGAGCCCACAUCUUCCUUGUUAAAAAAAGAGGCAUAGGCUGGGAAGGAAGCUGUCUUCUGCCUUCAGAUUGGCAGGCUCCUCCAGAAGCCAUCAGAAGGUGUGAAAAUCCCAAGAGCUCACCGCAGAAUCACCAGGUGGAACCCGAGCCUGAAGUCAGAGUCCCAGAACAGACUAGCCUCCUCUACAGGACACCUCCCUUGAGGGUGGGACGUUUGGUCCCAAGGGCCUCCAGGACUUCCUCAUCGGUAGCCCAGGUCAGAGGCUUCCCCAUCGCAGCUCCCUCACUUUCUUCCAGUCUAACAGCCCUGACUGCCUCCAAGCCUUGAGUCACAGGGAAUCCGGGCUACUCCACUCACAGCAGUGUUGUGCAGCGACUACAGGAUUGCAUUUACCUCCAAAAUGGUAGAAAUCAGGGUGGAUAAUUUCAGCCUUGACUAUUUCUUCAGUGGAGAUAUUGAUAGUUACAAUUAUAGCUCUGACCUGCCUGCCACUCUACCAGAUGCUGCCCCAUGCCACCCAGAGGACUUAGAAAUCAACAGAUAUGCUGUGGUCGUAACAUACGUCCUGGUAACCCUGCUGAGCCUUCUGGGAAACUCCCUGGUGAUGCUAGUCAUUUUAUACAACCGGAGCACCUGCUCUGUCACUGAUGUCUACCUGCUGAAUCUAGCCAUUGCCGACCUGUUGUUUGCCCUGACCUUGCCUGUCUGGGCUGCAUCCAAGAUAAAUGGCUGGAAUUUUGGUACCACUAUGUGCAAGAUAUUCUCAUUCGUGAAGGAAGUUACCUUCUACAGUAGUGUCUUGCUACUAGCCUGCAUCAGUAUGGACCGCUACCUGGCCAUCGUCCAUGCCACAAGCACACUGAUCCAAAAGAGACACUUGGUCAAAUUUGUAUGCAUAACCAUGUGGGUACUGUCAGUAUUGGUGUCCCUGCCCAUCUUAAUUCUGCGUAACAUCGUCAAGACAGGCUCUUCUACUCUAGUCUGCUAUGAGGAUGCAGGUAACGACACGACCAAGUGGAGGAUGGUAUUACGCUUCCUGCCUCAGACCCUCGGCUUCCUCAUGCCGCUUCUGAUCAUGCUGUUCUGCUAUGGGUUCACACUGCGCACACUCUUUAAGGCCCACAUGGGGCAGAAGCACCGGGCCAUGCGGGUCAUCUUUGCUGUUGUGCUUGUCUUCCUGCUCUGCUGGCUGCCCUACAACCUGGUCCUGUUCUCAGACACCCUUAUGAGGACCAAAAGGAUCCAGGAGACCUGCAAGCGCCGCGAAGACAUUGACAGGGCUCUGAAUGCUACUGAGAUUCUGGGCUUCCUCCACAGCUGCCUUAACCCCAUCAUCUACGCAUUUAUUGGCCAGAAGUUUCGCUAUGGACUCCUCAAGAUCAUGGCUACCUAUGGCCUUGUCAGCAAGGAGUUCUUGGCCAAGGAGGGCAGGCCUUCCUUUGUUGGCUCUUCUUCAGCAAACACCUCCACUACCCUCUAAGACUGUCCACCUAAACUAUGGCCCCUCAGGGUUCAUUCCUGUCCUUCAGCAUGGCUCAUGUCCAAAGACUGUGGUGUCUGAAUUGAUGCAGCCCCCGCCACAGUUAUAGGGAGACAGAGGCCACAUUCUUACCAGACCCCCAUUGCAGAGUUUAGAACACUUACCCUGGCUGUUCACUCCCCUCCAUAUUGGUUUGCCUACUGAUAAAGUUGGUCUAUCCUAACACUGGCCCCAAACACUCUUUUUCCAAGAAGCAUAAAUUAAAAUUAUAGUGGGAUACUUCCUCCUACCCAUCAGAAUCCUCAUCAGUAAAAGGAAGAGGUAGAAGAGGAGGACAGAAAAUAGCAAGGGUCAUAAGGAAGUAGAGAAAGGGAAAGUUUUCACCUUACUGAUAGACCGGUACCAUACCUCAGGCACAGUGAGACACAGCAUAUCAUUAUCCUUACAAUCAACAUUAAAUACAGAACUACCACAUAACCCAGCAAUUCCACCUCUAAGUAAGUACCAAGAAGAAUUGGAAGCAAGGGCUCAGACAUUUGUAGGCUGAUGUUAACAGCAGCAUUAUUCAUACGAGUUGAAGGUCAAAACAAUUAAAAAAUGGCCAACAAAUGAAUGGGUAAGUGCACACAACGGGAGACCACCCCACAAUGAGAAAGAAUAAGAAACUGAUCCAUGUGACCACAUGAAUGAGCCUUGAAAGCAUGAUUCCAAGUGGAAUAGGCAAGGCCCCAAAGACAAAACUUGUAUGUUCACACUUAGGAAGUACCAAGAAUAAUAAGGUAGUGGUGACUAGAGACUGGACAAUGGAGGAUGGGACAUCAGUGUUUAAUAGUACAACUCUAGUUUGGGAUGACGUAAGAGUCCCGCAGGUAGACCCUAACUACUGUGUGCAGUAUUGUGAAAGUGCUCAUUGCCAUUGCAUUUUUAAAAAUUAAAAUAAGGGCGAGGUAUUGUUCACUGGUGGAGUGCUGACUUAAUGUUUCUGAGCACUCAGGCUUAAACCCUAGCACCUCAACAAAUGAAAAACAAAAGCAAAACUGGCAACUUUUGUUAUGUAUAUUUUACCUCAGUUUAUAAAAAAAACUAAGUCUUUUACCACUGAACCAAUGCAGAACUAUCUACCUUAUCAUUUUUUAUAAAAUGUGACCAUUAAAUGCCUUUUUAAAACUAUAUAAA